GAACAAUUGUCCAGGAGUUGACUGGUUGAACCGUUUCCGUUUGCAAACGGAGCGAUUGUGAUUGAAAAACCGAUCAGUUAAAUCGUAGAGAAACGCAACAGCGACCAAAACUCGGAGAAUCAAAACACCGUUUUUACCUGCGUAACCUUUCGGCAGUGGUUGAUUGCGUUUAAAGUAAAAGACCAAAAUGCCCUUAUUAAAAAUUAAAAGAAAACCCUAGCUCUUUUCUAUCUUCUUCUCCCUGCCACCGAAUUCAGGUCUGAACUUCUCUAAGUUUUUUCCUUCUCGUCGGAUUUCAUCGUUAUUUAUAGAGUACGUAUGUGAUUUGAUCGCUUCUGCGGCGCUUUCAUGAUCAUGAAAUGAGUUACCCGUCAUAUUAUCUCCAUUUGCAUCACCAAAUGCGUCGAAGCUUCGUUUUAGGUCCUUGCAAAUUGCCGAGACCUCCUCCUGCUCGCAUUUGUAGCAGCGUUUACUGCAUCCAGGCAAACCCUCUCAACUUCCGCGCGAAUGGGAUUGUGCUGUUUCGAUUUCUCUCUUAUUUCCCCCCGCAGCGGCGAGUGCCUGAUCCUGAUGACCCGGCGAAUCUUUUGAAGGAAGACGGUGUUUCGAUUUGUUCCCAGAUGUGGCUUGAGAAUUUCAGAGAACCCGAUCGUACAGCGACCCACUUGACCUCAUAUCUUCGGAGGUUUGAGUUGUGGGUUUUGUCGUACCAGAAGGUGUGCUGUGACGAGAUGGGUGCUUAUGUUCCGCGUAGCUCCAUUCAGAGGUCUGCCUUAGAAGAUCUUUUGGCUCUCAGAAAUGCGGUUCUCGAUGAUCGGUUCAAGUGGGGAGCUCGUUUAGAUUUCUACAUAAAAUCGCCCAGGGAUAAAACAGAUUACGAGUCUCUGUCUAAGAGGAAGAUUAGGGCGCUUUUGACGACUACCCAACCCACCCCGUUUCAGGAUAGGAUAGUCCAGGAGGUUCUUCUAAUGAUAUUGGAGCCCAUAUAUGAAGCACGGUUUUCGCAGAAGUCGUAUGCGUUCAGGCCCGGGAGAACUGCUCAUACAGUUUUGAGAGUGAUUCGCAGGAACUUUGCUGGGUACUUGUGGUACGUUAAAGGAGAUCUUAGUGUGGUUUUGGACGGAAUGAAAGUCGGACUGGUGAUCAGUGCUCUGAUGAGGGAUGUCAGGGACAAGAAAGUGAUUGACUUGAUUAAGUCGGCUCUGGUCACACCCGUGAUAACGAGUAAGGUUGAUGACGGUGAGAAGAAAAAGAAGAAGAAGAGGAAGUAUCAGAAGAAGAGGGUUCUUGCGGAGGACGAGCCGAAGCCCGACCCUUAUUGGUUGGAGACCUUUUUCGGGUUUGCUCCUGAAGAGGCUGAGAAGGUUCCUUCCUGGGGCCAUUGUGGGAUUCUUAGUCCUCUUUUGGUCAAUGUAUGUCUCGAUGAACUAGAUCGUUGGAUGGAGGGGAAGAUCAAAGAGUUUUACCGUCCUUCCAAGAGUGACGUGAUUUGGAAUAGCCCGGAAGGAGAAGGGGACCAGGGAAACACAUCUUGGCCUGAAUUUGUUCCCACAAGCGGACCUGAUAAAACGAGGAAGAUGGAUUAUGUUAGAUAUGGGGGUCAUAUUUUGAUCGGAGUUCGAGGACCUAGGGCUGAUGCUGCAACAUUGCGGAAGCAGCUGAUCGAGUUUGUUGAUCAGAAGUACAUGCUCAAGCUCGACAAUGAAAACCUACCUGUAGAGCAUAUAACCAAAGGUAUAAUGUUUCUUGACCAUGUUUUGUGCCGCAGAGUUGUAUAUCCGACCUUAAGGUAUACAGCCACAGGUGGGAAAAUUAUAAGUGAAAAGGGCGUGGGAACCCUUCUCUCUGUGACUGCAAGUCUGAAACAAUGCAUCAAACAGUUCAGAAAGCUGAAUUUUGUAAAAGGGGAUAGGGAUCCUGAUCCUCAGCCAUGUUUUAGAAUGUUUCAUGCUACACAGGCUCAUACCAAUGCACAAAUGAACAAGUUCUUGACCUCGGUAGCCGAGUGGUAUAGGUAUGCAGACAACAGGAAGAAGAUUGUGAACUUCUGUUCUUAUAUCAUUAGGGGUUCGCUUGCUAAACUUUAUGCGGCGAAGUACAAGCUCAGAUCGCGAGCAAAGGUGUAUAAGAUCGGGGCUCGGAAUCUGAGCCGUCCUCUUAAGGAGAAGAAAGGGCAGUCACCUGAGUACCAUAAUCUGCUGAGGAUGGGGCUGGUUGAAUCAAUUGACGGCCUUGUGUAUACCAGGAUGUCUCUUGUUCCCGAGACUGAUUACACUCCUUUUCCGAGUAACUGGAGGCCUGAGCACGAGAAGGCUUUGCUUGAAUACAUAAGGCUUGACGACCCGAAAACACUGGAAGAGCAAAAGAGGUGUAUCAGAGAAAAGGGUCUUGUCUCUCCCCAGGAUUACAUAGCAAUGUUAGUUUGGAACUACAAGAGGAAUGCGAUUCCAAUGGACGAGGUGUCCAUUGUUAAGGAUCAUCCCCUACUCUUGGGAUCAAGCCAGGGCGGUGAUGAUCAUAAGGAUAAGGAAGAUGAAGAUAGCGGAGACGGACUUCGCAUUGCACGCAUGUAAGAAGAUAGCUGAGACCGGCUUUGCAUUUCAGAUCUGAAAUUCAGAGGCUUGAUUUCAAAGUAAGCUCCGUAUUCGAGUUUCUGUCUUUCUCUACUCAGCUCGCCGAAGCUCAUCAUCUUCUUCGUCUCUAGCACGGCAUCAGUGACGAGCCAGAAUGCACAACUCCCUUCAGAUUCGACGUCGAGCGGCAUGCACUGACCGAGGACCCAACGAAGCACUCGCUUUCAACCCCGAGUAUCAGAGCAUUAGUCGAGAAGAUUCACUAAAACAUCAUAUCAUCAUCAUCAUGGCUGCAUGGUAUUGGAUCAACGAUGUGGUUGAUCUCUUGAGAAACAUUUGUUCGUUGAGAUCAUGCGAAUAUACAUAAAUCACAGAGCGAUUUACAAUGGGAAUCUUA